CUUGAAACUGAAAGCAAAGCUGAACCAGGAACACAAACCCACAAGUAGCACAGAGGCCAAUCUCGCUGGCUGGCAGCGGUGGUGGUGGGGUGAUGAGUGCGCAGAGCACGUGGCCCACCUGUCCCUGUGUCUCCCGGCUCUCUGGAGGCGUGGCCAAGUCUAACAGCCCCAUCCCCACAAGCAGGGUCAGGCUGACAACACAGGUCUCACAAGACAUUUCUUCCUCUGUAGACUCUGCCCGUCAGAGCUCAGUGGCCCGCACUCCCAAGGUCACUCCUGCAGUUGGCCCCGCCCAGCAUGCAGCCUUGAACCCGGCUUAGGCUACCAGCUACUCCAGCUCCCUCUUCUACUGUGGCUUAGGGUGUAAGCUCUAAGCUCCAACAUACCUGAGCAACAUCUUUUCAUCAGGAAAACCCCGCAGCUCCAGAGGGCCCUGCGAAUCCUGCUCUCAGCUCUGAGAAGACAGCAUGGCUAUUACCCUGCAGCCCAGUGACCUGAUCUUUGAGUUUGCAAGCAACGGGAUGGAUGACAUACACCAGCUGGAAGACCCCUCAGUAUUCCCAGCUGUGAUUGUGGAGCAGGUACCCUACCCCGAAUUACUGCAUCUGUACUCAGGACUGGAGCUGGACGACGUUCACAAUGGCAUCAUAACGGACCGGACCUUGUGCAUGACGCAGGAUCAGAUCCUGGAGGGUAGUUUUUUGCUGGCAGAUGAAAAUGAAGCAACCUCACAAACCAUGUCAACCACUGAAGUCCUGCUCAAUGUUGAGUCUCCCAACAACAUCCUGGAUGAGAAGCAGAUCUUUAGCACCUCUGAAAUGCUUCCGGACUCAGACCCUGCUCCAGCUGUCACUCUGCCCAACUACCUGUUUCCUGUCUCUGAGCCCAAUGCCCUGAACCAGGCUGGUGACACUGGUGACCAGGAGGGACAUUCUCUGGAGGAGAAGGUCCCCAGAGAGGAAAGUGCCAAGAACACUGGAAAAUCAAAGAAGAGAAUCAGGAAGACAAAGGGUAACCGCAGUACCUCACCUGUCACUGACCCCAGCAUCCCCAUACGGAAGAAAUCUAAGGAUGGCAAAGGCAGCACCAUCUAUCUGUGGGAGUUCCUCCUGGCGCUUCUGCAAGACAGGAACACCUGCCCCAAGUACAUCAAGUGGACCCAGCGAGAGAAAGGCAUCUUCAAGCUGGUGGAUUCCAAAGCUGUGUCCAAGCUCUGGGGAAAGCAGAAAAACAAGCCUGACAUGAACUAUGAGACAAUGGGGCGGGCACUAAGAUAUUACUACCAAAGGGGCAUUCUUGCCAAAGUGGAAGGACAGAGGCUGGUGUACCAGUUUAAGGAGAUGCCCAAGGACCUAGUGGUGAUUGAAGAUGAGGAUGAGAGAAGUGAAGUCACAGAGGCAUCCCCUCAGGCCUCCACUGCCUCCACCUCCUCCACAAGCACUGCCCGGCGAGCCAGCUCCAGGGUCUCAUCCAGGCCCACGCCCCCGGGCAAAGGCAGCCCUCCCUGGGAAAAGCCGAGGGUUCAGCACAUUGGUCUACAGCCAUCUGCGAGUCUGGAAUUAGGACUGUCUCUAGAUGAGGAGAUCCCCACUACCUCCGCCGUGCUUGUCUCUCCACCGGAGAGCCAGGCCAAACUCACCAAAGCUGUGAGUGCUUCUCCAGUGCCCAGCAACAUCCACCUAGGAGUGGCCCCUGUGGGGUCAGGCUCAGCCUUAACCCUGCAGACAAUCCCUCUGACCACAGUGCUGACCAACGGGCCUCCUGCCAGUACUACUGCUUCAACUCAGCUCCUUCUCCAGAGUGUUCCACCUGCUUCGACCUUGAAGGACACCUUCACCUUGCAGGCCUCCUUCCCCCUGAACACCAGUUUCCAAGAAAACCAGGUGGCAGCACCAGGGACUCCACUGAUUCUCAGUGGCCUUCCCCAACUUCUGGCUGGGGCCAACCGUCCGACUAAUCCGGCAGCACCCUUGGUCUCAGGGGCUGGAGCAGUGGGGUCCAGCUCUCAGCCCUCGGGGACUGUCAUUGCUGCCUUCAUCAGGACUUCCGGUGCCACAGCAGCCCCUGGGGUCAAGGAGGGGCCACUGAGGCCCUCCUCAUAUGUGCAGGGCAUGGUGACUGGGGCCCCCAUGGAGGGGCUGCUAGUUCGUGAAGAGACCCUGAGGGAACUCCUGAGGGACCAGGCUCACCUUCAGCCACUUCCGACCCACAUGGCUUCAAGGGCUUCCCACAAUCCGAGCCUUCUGGGAAACCAGGCUUUCUCUGCUCCCAGCCGCCCCACUGUUGGGCUGACCCCGGUGGCUGAACUUGAGCUGUCCUCAGGCUCAGGGUCCAUGUUCACGGCUGAGUCUAGUGUAACCACAUCUGGGAGCCUGCUGACUAGAUCCCCAACCCCAGCUCCCUUCUCCCCAUUCAAUCCCACUUCCCUCAUUAAGAUGGAGCCCCACGACAUAUAAACAGAGGGGUUGGGGAAGUGUGACCCACCAGGCAAAGCUGAACACCAUUUGUAUAUGGACUGCCUCUAGCAGAGACUGAUAGAAGUGGCUCACCCGCUCUUACAUUUCGAUGGGAUGUCCCUACACCAGCCCAGCCCACCACCCACCCCUGCCUGAUAUCACCAUGGCCAGGCCAGGCCCACUUUGAGCAUCCCUGGCGUCAGACCAUGGCCUUCAAGAGCACUAGGGGAUAUGCCCUUGUCAGGAGUAGUGGGCUGACAUGGUGAUGAAAGCAUAACCUCCUAAGAAGUUGGUGGCCAGGACAGGUGCAGGGGCUUCACGGGAAGAGCCCUUUUUUGCCUGGCCGUAUUUCACCCUCUGUGUUCCCCCUGCAGGGAACUUACUAUCCCAUAUGUGAAUAUCUCGUUAUAUAUUUGUGUGUACUCGUGGGUCUCUAUCAUUUCUUUCGGGGAGGACGAGUGUACAACUAUGAGGUCUUCAAGAACGUGUGUCUCUCUGUGGCUGAGGACAUUCUCUAGUUCCCUUUGAAUGGAUUGGGUUGUCGGAAAAGUCAUGACGCAUUUUUGCAACGAAAACCAGAAAAAAUACGUCAUGGCUUUUCCAACACCCCAAUACAAACCAAGAUUCAGUUGCUCUGAGACUAUCGGGUGCAGGUUGGCUCCCCCAAAUCUGGAGAGAUGUCACAGAACUGGAGCAGGUCCAGGGUAGAAGAGCCUUGAUUGGCAUGUGUGUUGGAGCACAUGCAGUUUAAGGGACAGGAGAAGGCCAAGUCACGAAGAGGGAAGGAAACCACCCUGGGGGCAGGGAGCAGCGUCUGGCCUCGACAGAGGCCCUCUUCCUGGAGUUGGCCUCCUUACCCAACGCCAGUCACUUGCCAGCAUGCUGGAACCGUGGCCACCCCAGAGGGCUGUGCGGACGGGUGAGACAGGAGUUGAGUGCCUCUCCAGGGUUAGACCCAGCCACCAGGUCCUCAAGUGGGGCUACAUUAAUUGAAUGUGCCGAGGGUUGGGGCUGUAAGACCAGUCUUUGCGCCUGGCGUAAUUCCUGGGUUCCCUCUUGAUUAAUGUUGCUCCUGAUCAUUGCCUGCUGUCAGGCAUUUCUGGGGAUAGUCGUGUAGCCCUGUAGAUUGGGUCUGCUUCCAUUCCCACUCGCGUAUGCCUGCCACAGAGCCCACCUUCUGCUCACCUCAUAAGUUUGCCAACCCACCUGCCCCCACCAUGGCUACAGCAGACAUGCAAGUGGACCACUGCCCCUCUCCAACUGUCACACCUGGCCCGGAUUCCUUCACCAAGAAGACAGGAGCCAGCAGAUGUGAGCUCCCAUGGUACUUAUCCUGUCUCCAUGGCUCCUUGCUUCCUUCUUUCCUCUGAAGAGCCAGCUGAUUCUCUCUGAAAGUCAAUUCCUUGCCUUAGGGUCUGCAUCCCCUCUCCUCUCCUUUCUUUGAAUUAGCUCGCUUCUCUCCUGCCAAGUUUGGGGGGCCAGGCUAACAGCUAAGACACAAUCCGUCAGCUUCAGAAACAAUGACAUUAUCUGGUGCAUUUGGUUAAUGUGAAUCAGUGCCUCAGGACCUUUGCUAUGUCCUCAGUGCAAAACCAUCCACUUGAUCUAACUACCUCCCCAGGCUGCUCUUCUCGCUUUCUCAUCACCAUCAAGCCUACUAUUAUCCUCGCCCACUUUCUUCUUGUCGCCCCCCCACCUUGCCCCCGGAAGGGAACAGUAUACAGUUGUGCAGGUUUAUUUAUUACAUGUCUCCAGCACAUGGCAUUUAAGUGCCUUUUUCUAAUAAAAUCAGUUUAUUGUAACAAU